AUGGAUAUCGGGUCGUCCCCUGCCGAGUUCGUUUUUGGCACCACCCUACGAAUCCUUGGCAAGUUCGUGCUUCCGGACGAUUUCGCUCCAGAUCCUCACGAGUUCAUCGAAGAGUUUUGGCACCAUAUGCGGAAAAUUAAACCAGUCCCAGUAGACCAUAAAUAUAAACGGAAACCAUUUCUUUUCAAAGAUUUAACUGUUUGCUCGCACGUAUUCAUGCGCAACCAUGCCAAGAAAUCCCUGGAGCGGCCCUACACUGGCCCGCAUAAAAUUAUAAACCGAACUUCGGAUCGCGUCUACGAAAUUGAUAUCAACGGCGUUUCUCGCCAAGUAUCCGUCGAGCAUUUAAAGCCCGCUCACUUCAUGCGCGAGGACAUCGAAAGCAUUUUGCCAGUACAGGGAGAUUCACCUAACGUAAUCGAGGUAGUUCCUCCUGUACGAACGUAUGCUAGGAAGCAAGUUACUUUUAAAUUGUAA